GCCAAGCUGCUCAUAUACGGGUUCUAAAUAAUCGUCUUUACGAGGAUAUUCCUGGGAAAUGGAUCCCGGCUCAGUGUGGUCCUUUAGAUUCGCGACUGGGCACAGCGACCAAGCAUGGUCAGUGUAAAACCUGUGGUAGACUUCUUGCUGACUGUGUUGGGCAUUUUGGGUACAUCGAUCUCGAGUUUCCUGUGUUUCAUGUUGGAUUUUUCAAGUUGACUAUACAAGUAUUGCAGUGUAUUUGCAAGAGCUGCUCUGGACUUUUACUACGGGAUGAACAACGAGCGCAGUAUAUGCGAAUGAUUUCCAAUCCAAAUUUGGAUUAUUUGAGAAGAAAAGCUUUACACAAAAAUAUUGUUGCUGCUUGUAAGAAAAUCAAUCCGUGUCCGAAAUGUGGUCAUCGAAAUGGACUGGUUAAGAAAGCCGUAGGAACUGUGCUAAAGAUUGCAUAUGCUCAUACCGUCACUGAAGAUACUGUAGGCUAUUUAGAAGUAAAAUCGGGAACUACCGAAGAUGACAUCACAAUGAAGUUAUCCGAAAUUAUUCUGAUCAAUGAUGUCUUGCAAAGGCACAAGAAAGAUGGCGCUCCAAUGAAAACUGUUACUGAGACAUGGGAUCACUUACAGAUUCAAGUUGCCCUGUACUUCAACAGUGAAUUAUCCGGUCUUCCUCCCGAAAUGCAGCCUAAAAAGGCUAUGCGUGGGUUUACACAGCGAUUGAAGGGAAAACAAGGCCGUUUCCGGGGAAAUCUCUCUGGGAAAAGAGUGGAUUUUUCUGGAAGGACGGUCAUCUCACCAGAUCCAAAUUUGCGAAUUGACGAAGUGGGUGUCCCAGUUUACGUCGCUCUCAUUUUGACCUUCCCUGAGGUGGUCAACAAUUACAACAUAGAACGUAUGAAGAAGCUGAUUUUGAAUGGGUCGGACAUCCACCCCGGUGCCAAUUACGUGAUUGACCGUAUUACUGGGACCAAACGGCUUUUAAAGUAUGGAAGCCGAGAAACAUGUGCACAGAGCUUGAAAGUAGGAGAUAUCGUUGAGCGCCACCUGGAUACCGGUGAUAUCGUGCUAUUCAAUCGGCAGCCUUCGUUACAUAAAAUUUCCAUCAUGUGCCAUCGUGCACGCAUUGUGCCAGGACGAACGUUCAGGUUCAACGAAUGUGCUUGUACUCCGUAUAAUGCUGAUUUUGAUGGUGACGAAAUGAACCUACAUGUGCCACAGACAUAUGAAGCAAAGGCCGAAGCUAGUCUUCUGAUGGGAGUGAAAAGUAACCUCAUCACUCCUCGAUCUGGCGAGCCGCUAAUCGCUGCAAUCCAGGAUUUCAUUACUGGGGCAUAUUUGCUGACGCACAAAGACACAUUCCUCACGUAUAGUGAGGCUUGUCGAUUUGCUGCAGCAGUCAUCGACUGUUAUGCGAAGAAGCAGAAACGGAUACGCUUGCCACCACCAGCUAUCAUCAAACCUGCUCGACUAUGGACUGGAAAGCAGCUCAUGCAACUCAUUAUAUCUGAUGACUUCAAAAAUCCACGAAAAUUGAAUCUAGUCACGCCCAACAAGAGCUAUACCGGUGGUAGGGAGUUUUGUGUCAAGGCAAGUUUAGAUUCUUACGUUAUCAUACGCAAUGGAGAGCAUCUCGCUGGAGUUUUGGAUAAGUCGCUGCUGGGUUCUGGUUCGAAAAAGAACAUUUUCUACAUCUUAUUGCGGGACUUCGGUGAAGAUGCCGCUGUCGAGGCUAUGUGGAGGAUCGCGCGAAUGACGCCAGUGUUUUUGUCAAAUCGCGGGUUUUCGAUUGGAAUAGGCGAUGUGACGCCUAGUUUACAACUGCUCAAGGAGAAGAAACAUCUACUUGAUGAAGGAUACCGGAAAUGUCAUGAGUAUAUUGCACAGCUAAAAUCUGGUCAGCUCAAAGCUCAGCCUGGAUGUACGGAUGAGGAAACCCUGGAAGCAUUGAUCCUGCGUGAGUUGUCGUCCAUUCGUGACAAAGCUGGUAAAGCCUGUGUGGACAAUUUAUCAAAGCACAAUGCUCCAUUGAUCAUGGCAGUUUGUGGUUCAAAAGGCUCCUUCAUUAACAUUUCACAGAUGAUUGCUUGUGUUGGUCAACAAGCUAUAUCUGGGCAUCGACCUCCGGAUGGCUUUGAU